AUGUCAUCAUCAUUCUCUGAACACUGCUGCAGAAAGCCUCCAGUCGAAAACAACUACAAGCCCAAAGGUGACUUGGUCAACCUUCGUGAUGACUUGCCCGUCUAUGUGAUUGGUCCUGAAAACGCCACCAAGGCUGUAUUCGUGUUUUAUGAUAUCCAUGGCUUUCACGAUAACACAAAGCAGUUGUGCGAUUUGAUUGCAAGCGAGGGCUACAAGGUAGUCAUGCCUGAUUUCCUUUUCAAAGGGCAAAAGCCUUUUAAUGUGCUUGGCUUACCUCGCGAGGAGAUGAUUGCUUGGGUUAUGAAGCAUGGCUCAAUUGAUGCGAUCUCUGAACCUGCUGCCCUCGUUCGUGAUUGGUUGAAAGGACAAGGAGUUACCAGGUGUGGCAUUGUUGGUCUUUGCUGGGGUGGCAAGGUUGGUCCGCAGUUGACGGGUCGUGAUUCAUUUUACAAUGGUGCUGUGCUUGUUCAUCAAGCUUUGAUGGAUCUCAAAGACGCUGAAGAAGCAGGUGCUCCCAUCCUCGCACUCCCAUCCAAAGAUGAGCCCGAUAUGACCGAAUACAUGAACAUCCUUUCAAAGAAACCAUUUGGUGACAAAUGUGGGAUCAAACGAUUUGAUGACAUGCAUCAUGGCUUUGCUGGAGCCGGAGCUGAUUUCAGCAAUGAGCUCAACGUCAAGAGAGUCCAAGAAGUUAUUCAACUGAUUGUUAACUUUAUGAGUGAUGUAUUGUAA